CGAGGUGACGGGCGGCGGGGCUCGGAGUCCCGGGAGACUGCGCGGCGCGCGGGAACGAGGGGACGCUGCAGCUGUCUAGCUGCCCCGCUGCAACUGCAGAACGGAAGUCCCCGGGCCGCGCCGCAGCGGACGGGAGCCGCGCAAGCGGUGAGCGGGAGGAGCAGGAGGAGCAGGAGGUGCCGCCCCGCCGCGGCCGCGCUCGCCCCCGCGAAGACGUUCCCUAGUUACUUGGCCUAAGAAUGAAAACGGGCGGAAGCUCGCCGUGCCAGGUGUCACCGUCCGGCUGACCCUCCCGGCGCCUUGCGUCUGCGUGCCGAGCCGCUGCCCCUCUGCUCUCGCUGGCGUCGGCCCGGGAGCCUGCCCCGCCCCUGCCCUCGGCGCCGCGGAUGCCGCCUCGUUAGCGCGCUAAGAUGGCCGCGCCGCCCGCCGCCGUCCCCGCGCUGUCCGAGUGCCAGUGCCCGAUCUGCAUGGAGAUCCUGGUGGAGCCGGUGACGCUGCCCUGCCGCCACACGCUCUGCAGCCCGUGCUUCCGCGCCACCGUCGAGAAGGCCAGCCUGUACUGCCCCUUCUGUCGCCGCCGCGUCUCGUCGUGGGCGCGCUACCACACGCGGAGAAAUUCCCUGGUCAACCAGGAGCUGUGGGGCCUGAUCCAGAAGCACUACCCCGCGGAGUGCGGGCGGAGGGCCGCCGGGCAGGAGGCGGAGCGCGCGGGUGGAGGCUGAGCGACGAGCCAGUGAGGAAGAGGAGAACAAAGCCAGUGAAGAAUACAUACAGAGGCUGCUGGCGGAGGAAGAGGAGGAAGAAAGGAGACGGGCAGAGAAGAGGCGAAGCGAGAUGGAAGAACAACUGAAGAGCGAUGAAGAGCUGGCAAGAAAGCUGAGCGUUAAUAUUAAUAAUUUCCAUGAGAAAAGUGUCUUGGCUUCUCCCUCAAAUUCCAGAAAAUCUGAUCCCGUCACAACCAAGUUGCAAGAGAAAAAUAAGAACAAACAGAGAAACACUGGAGAUAUACAGAAGUAUUUGUCACCUAAGUCUCAGUUUGGGUCAGCAUCCCAGUCUGAAGCGGGACAGGAAGUCAGGAGGAGCUCCGUCUCUCAGGAAGUUGGUAGUAGUGAUGCCAAGAGCCCUGUGUGGCAAGACGUGGAAGCUGAAGAUAUGCCAACGCUUUCUCCACAAGUGUGCCUUGAGGUUCAGGAACCAAGUGCACGGUCUUCGAUGGACUCAGCUAUGCCGUGGCUCUGUGCCUACGAUACAGAUCGGUGCCUUGAAGGCCAGGUCAAGACAAGGCCGGACAGUCAUGAUGAGGGGUGUGGUACAAAUCAUGCGGGACCAAAGGCCAAAGUUCCCGCCUCUAAAGCAGCUUCUGCAGAGCCUGGGGACAAAGCAGGGCCUGGGGGCGCUGGGCCGGGUGUGGCCCAGGUGACUGCAGACGGCACAGUCGAGGCAGAAAAUGAGGAGUCUGGUCUGCUGCUCGGUAAAGAUGUUUCCAGAAAACACCAGGAGCCUGCAUCUGAGGCCGCCGGGGAGCCCUGCUGCUCUGCAAAAAGGAGGAAAACGUUUUCCAAAGCGUCCUCAGAUGAAGAGGAAACGGAAACAAAUUUUACCCAAAAACUGAUAGAUUUGGAGCAUCUACUUUUUGAGCGGCAUAAGCAGGAGGAACAGGACAGGUUAUUAGCUCUGCAGCUGCAGGAGGAGGAAGAAAAAGAACAAAGGAAGCCCAGCCGGCAGAAAGGCUCCCGGGAGGAGUAUGAGCUCCGCGCAGCACCCGCGGCCCCAAACAGACUGCGAAGCGGACGGACGGCAGCUUCCGGGCACACGGAGGCGGCCGAAGACCGCAGCCUCAAAAGGCAGACUGCCACCGGGCAGCCUAGAGCUCGGAGAGGCUUGAGAGAUGAGAACUGGCGACCUCUUAAAGACCAGCCGAGGCCUUCGGUUAACGAAAGAAAGAUGCCAAAGCCCCGCAGAGAUCACCGCAGUGUUCCUAAAAGUGCUCAGUCCCUGCAGCCUCGCAACUCACAGAAGAGCAUCUUCGAGAUGUUUCCCAGGUGUGCGAAGUAGAGCCGAGUAAAGAGCGUUCGGGUCCAGGAAAGCCGGGGUGGCAGCGCUUCUCUGCCUGGUCUCACGGACCUGUCCUUGGGUCCUGCCUGCAGACACGCUCACCGUCUUGAGUGAAAGGGCGGGCAGAUGUGUCUGUAGAGCUCAGCGGUGGGCAGGGCCCCUCUCAGCCGCUGGUGCCGAGGUAGCAAGUUUGACCGUCCUUCUGGAUGGAAGAACUCCUUGGCCAGGCCUGAGGCUUCACGUGCCAUUCUCUUUGCAAGAAGUAGCUACUUUAUGCGCCUUGUUCACCUUCUUUGUGAGGAGUAAUCCACGCAGGAUCAUGCUGUCGCAAGUUCUUCAGGGGUCCGUGUAGGAGUUAUGGUCUGGAUUCUCACUGCUUCCCUAAUUUUUACAGAGCACUUGAAAUGCAUCUGCUGUCACAUUAAAGCAGUUACUUUCUGUCUGA